AUUAGAUAUGCUCAUGCUGGAUCUGCUGCCGCUGGAACUAAAAUGUAGGUUCACAUUAACUUCAGAACUUAUUGGUUUCUUAUAUUUUAAUUGCUUACUUCAUUCAUCGGGACAGUUUGAUGCAUGAAGAACAACAACUGCAUGAUGAGGAAAAAAAAGGCAGUGACGCCUUACAACAGGCUGGAAAAGUUCGUGGCCAGAAUGCUCAAAGUGCAAUGGAUGUUGAAGUUCUUUGCACGGAUCAUUUAAGAAAAAGUAGUGAUACUAGAGACUCCUCUUCUGAAGCUGUAACUCUAUGUAAACCAGGAAAAACCCAUGCAUUGAUAAGAGAUGAAGCUCAAGAUUUGUCAAGUGAUGAUCUUAAAGCAACAGAAACCCCUCAUUUAAGCAGAUCACUUCCUUAUUUGGACUUGUCUGUUAUCCCCACUGAUUCGUGUGGCACUGUGGAAUGCAAUGUUGACUUACACUUGAGUUCUCAGAAGCAGCCUGACCUGGCUGCACCAAAAACUAUGUGGUCCUUGGAUUCUACUAGCAGAAAUAAUGCCAUUGUAUUGCAUGAACUGUCUCCUCCAUAAAUGUUAGCUGCGAGAAUUGAAAGAGUAGAAAUUCAUGCUUCACGGUUACACGAAGAUGCAUUUGAAUUUUUAAAAGUACUCUGGAUCCAUGUACCCAAAAUUCCCUGCACUUCUGUGGUUAAGUGAGUUUUGUCAAGGGGAAUUGAUUUUGAAGUCCCAAAGUCAGAUAUUUUAGCACUGUAGCUAUGGUCUAGAAGAAUGUUAGAAGACUUGAUGUCUCUAUGGAAGAUGGGGAUUGAAGCUGCAGAGUGCAUAUAUGAUACUGCUCUGGCAACUUCACAAGCGAUCCCGAAACGAUGUUCCCAUGAAAGUGAGAGUGUUUCAAUGUGCU